UGGAUUAAAAUUCGCUCUUGAAAAUGGAUUAAUUAACGAAUUUGUAGAACUAAUAGUGAAGUUUAUUGAAAAUCAUAGUGGAGUUAUCACUAAUAAGCAUGUAACAGUUAACAUUACUCAGAUUAAAAAUCCCAAAAAAUUAAAGCACAAAGGGCGUCCAAAGUUGUUUAAUUCUAUACAAAGUAUACUUCAAGAUUUAAAUACAACUCAAAAUUUAAAUUCAAGGCAAGAUAAAUCGAGAAGAAUAAUGGAAACAGAUACUAAAAGUGAAUAUAUUGAAGAACUUCCAUCAAAAAAUGAAUCAAUAAAAUAA